UUGAAAAAAUUUUGAAAUUUGAAUUAAAAUGACAUUUAGACUUAAAUAUUCAAUAUUCGUCUUCUGCAGUUCCGUUGAUCGUACCUACUUUGAAUUUUAAUAAUAAUACUUAUUGAAACGAACGGAACAACAUGAACUAUAUAAAAGGAYGAUUGUGUGAUGGAUGUCAAACAUUUGUUUUACUAAAUAGCUCACAUAAAUGUCGCAGUUCUUUACUCGAUCAGUUUGAAAUAGAAAGUUCCCCGUAUAAUUCGUCAGAAGAUACACCUGCACCAACUUCAAAGGUUAACUGUAAAAAGUCAGAAGAUGGUGUUGCUAAACAAGAUAUGUCAAAACUUAUUGAAAUCAUUGAAACAUGUGCACCUCUAUGGAACUUUAAAUUAUCCCUCGGUGAAAGAUCUGAUGCUAUCAAGGCUAACUUAUGGAAUAGUGUAUAUGUACAUUUUAACGGAAAAUAUUCAAUUUCUGCAUUGCAAAAAAGUUGGAAGUAUUUAAAAGAAAAGUAUAUGAGAGAGAAAAAAAUUCCACCUUCUGGCAGUGCAGCUAGUAAAAAAGAAUGGCCUCAUUUACGCAGUUUACAGUUUUUAGAUGAUGUAGUAUUAUGUAAAAAAGGCACUACGGAUAGUAUUCCUAGUACUUGCGAAGAGUUUGAUACAGAUGAACCACCAAAACGGAAAAAAAAAUUAUUAAUGGAAGAUCACAUGUCAAUGAUAAUUGACGAGUUAAAAGAUAGCAGGCCAAUUCCUCCAACUCCCCCAAAACCUGAAGAAAUAAAUGAAGAUAGAGAUUUUUAUUCAUAUUUGACAAGACUUAUGAUAGGUCUACCAAGAAAUGCUAAACUCAGAUUACAACACACAUUCAUUAACAUGGUAUUUGAAAUUUUGAACAAAUUGAAUAGAAAAAAUUUAAAAUGCCUAACAAAAAAAAAAAUUAUGUUGACCGAGCAAAGAUGGGAAGGUAAGGUGAAGACAGAUCUUACUGGAACAUCACAAGGAACAAAAAUUGAAGAUAGGUGGAGAGGAGUGGCUGAAGAAACAAAGGYCCUACACGGACUGUAA